GCUGUCCAAGAUGGCGUCAGCGCCGGCCCCAUCGGCGGCUAGGCUGUACCGGCCGAACCGCUUCGUCUCGCUGCCCGCCGAGCUCGAUCCCGACACCUAUGACACGUCGCCGGAGAAGCGCCGCGCCGAGGCCGAGCGCUUGGCGAUCCGCUCCCAGCUCAAGCGGCAAUACCUGCUGCAGCUUAACAACCCCAGCCCGCCCGCCGUCAUCGAAGAUCCCGCCUUGAUACGCUGGGCCUAUGCGAAGUCGCAGAACGUCUACCCUACUUUCCGCCCGACACCCAAGACUUCCUUUCUAGGAGCUGCUUAUGCGUUAGGCCCCCUCCUCUUCUGGAUCGCUGUCUUAAAAGCUCACAGGCCACUAUAUGCCCAAAGACAAGGAGCCAAAUUCUGUCCUUCCCUGAGGAAGAAUACUUUCAGUAGACCCUCUGAAACCACUAGACUAACAUACCACUAACUCAGAUCACUCAAGCUUCAAGGAAGAGCAAUGGGCCCUUUCUGACACAGCUACACAGGGGGUCUGGGCUCCCAUGCAGACUCUGGCAGCAGAGACACCUGCACUGAAUGAAGCUUCCUGACCAGCCCCAUCAUCCCCAUGUCACAGAAUGUACUUGUAUGAGCCAAAACUUCAUGGCCCCUUGGUGUAAGGUUUGCACCACAAUCCAAAUAAAUGGGAUUUGAUACA